UAUGAUUCACGAUGACAAAUCAACCUUCGUUAAAUAUAAUUUUUGAUAGGCCAGUUAGAUAUAGAAAUAAACAUUUUGCAGGCAAGAUGUCGGACGACGACAAAGUUCUUACCAGAAACUUGUCCUUUAUUAAGGACAACAUUACAGAUAUGGAUGGUGUAAUGGACAAAUUAAUUGAAGAUGACAUACUCAGACUUGAGGACAGGUCUAGAAUUCUUAUUAAUAGAAACCCGCGUCUUCAAAUUCAUGCGGUAUUGGAAAUUGUUGUAAAGAAAGGAGCUUAUGACAACUUUAUUAGAGCAUUAGAGACCUCUGGAAAUAACCACAUCAUAGAACGAUUAGAAAAUGCAGAUCUUAAGUGUGAAAAGACAGACUUAUCAAAAGAGGAUAAACAACUAGGGCUUGACCAGAGCGAUGGAUGUGGAAAUAAUGGGAACCACAUCCAAACCGAGCAAAGUGACAAAUUCCAGAAGCAGCUUAAAAACCUGCAGAGUGAGAACGAACACUUGCGAGACCAACAAAAAAGUGUGAGAAUGGAACUGGAAUCGAAACAAAAGAAAAUGCAAGAACUAAACACAGAAGUAAACGCGUUUAAAGCACAGAAUAAACAGCUCAAUGAGAGACUUAAACUGCUCUGUAACAGUGACAAACUUAAGGACAGAUUAAGCAACAUUGAACUAGAGAUUAAAGAAAGAGAUGAAGAACAUGAAAUUAUAGAGACAGAAAUACAAGAAAAGGAGAACGAAGUACAACAACUUCAAGACGAUUGCAACAAACUUAGACUGGAAUUAGCAGAAAAGACGGACCAGCUUGUAGUUUUAAGCGAACAAAUGAAAGCACUGCGAGAAGACCUUGGAAUUGCAAGGAAAGAACGUUAUGAUUUAAAGGUGAAGUUAGAUGAAAUGAACAUGAAUUUAAAUGAGAAAUGGAAGGUAAUGAUGAAUGUGUUGGAAAAUAAAUUAAGUCAGAGUCGACGAAUACCUACGAGACUAUCAUCCGAACAAAAAGAACUGAUGCUUCCAACAAUAAGAUCAAAUCAAACAACGCCUCUGAAAAUCGUGGAUAACCGUUAUAGCAUAACUCCAAAGGAAAAAAUCAAAUCACGCACACAACAAGCACAAGCUGUGUCCCCUAAAAAUGUGGUUAGAGAUAAAAAGACAGCAUUCUUUGGAACAAAACCAAGAUCUUUCAAUAAAUUUUUGAAAUAAAUCUGAUGGAAAGUUAUAAAAUCA